GUCUCAUUUUUUCUGUCCUUCCGGCUUCCGGAUCUUCUUCUCUCCUCCCUCUGGCCCUCACACCUUCCGCAGGGACGGAUUUUUAGCCCUGACGCAUUCACAAUCUCGGGGACUGCCGAACGACAAAUUUUCAGAGAUGAUGAGAAUGCAACUUUGAAAGACUUGCACUUGAGUUGCUGGAGGGAAGAACUUUGAAGUAGCCAAAAGUUCGGCACCCCAGAUCACAUUAUUUAGUUUCUGCACAUUCAACACCAUGAGGACCCUAUUGUAUGCAUCACGAGUGGCGCUGAAACGGGCCCGAAUACCGGUGGCAAGAGGGUAUACGCUGGACGACAGAGUCCUGAGCAAUGCCUACUCUUCUACUUCUAGACGACUGUUAUCUACCUCUCUGUCUUCCUUCGAGGACGAACAACAUGAUGACAGAAGUGUCGUUAUUCCAGCGACACUAGCAUCCCUUACCUCCAAGAAAGGCGCUACUGCUAGUCACAGGGAGACCAAGAUUAGUAAAAAGGAAAUGAGGGAAGAGGAGACCAAACGAUGGAGAUUAUCCGAUGUCCCCAUUUCCGACAUUUUAGAGGCCAAACACAGCAAUCGAUGGGUCAAUCCUACCAUUUCCAGCACGGCAACUCUCAAAGAAGCCAUUGAAAUAAUCUUGGAAGGAGAACUUAGCGCCGCCAUGGUCGUUGAUGAAACCAAGCAUGUCGUGGGUCUCGUCACAUCCAGAGAUUUAUUGCGGUGUAUUUCCAUGGGUAUCAAAGAUGGGGAUUCCAGCGAUGAACUACUCGAUCGAGUGGUGGGGGAUCAUGUCAUGACACCCAUUAGUCAAGUUAUUUAUGCAAGACCAGAAGAAACGGUCGGAUCGUGCCGAACCAUCAUGGCCAAGCUGGGAAUCAAAUGUCUUCCCGUAUUAUCCAAAGAAGGGAGAGUGGAGGGAUUGGUGACGGCUCGAGACAUGUCCCAGUAUCGAUUUUCAGCAGAGGACAAGGGUGGAAAAAAGAGCUACUUGAACGAUGUCUCAGAACGAGUAGGCAUGGGAUCCAACACCAGUAUGGCUGACCCUCCAGCGUUUAUGCAGGCUCAUCUCGCUCUGGAACAAACAGCACUCUUUAUCAACGUGGGUGUCGCAGAGUUGCCACAUCCCUUCAAAACAGAAAAUGGCGUCGGAAUGAAUCAUCGCGAUUUUGGACCCAGCGAGUUCUCCGCCGAUCCAUCCUUUUCCGAAGAUGCCUUCUUUACCAAAACUGUACGACUCCCCGAUGAAAAACUCAACAAAAUACAGGAAGUGACCUAUUGUGGUAUUGCCGAUGGGGUUGGCUCGUGGAGGGCGUAUGGAGUCGAUCCUCGCGAAUUCUCACACGCAUUAAUGAAGGAAUGUGAAAAUGUGCUGCAGGAAGCAUCCAAUAGUGCACUCGAACGGGAAAUGAAAGGAGAAAAGAAUCGUCGGAGUAUCCGGCCGGGGGAAGUAUUGGCCAAUGCCUACGAUCGAGUGGUGGAACAGAAUAUCACUGGAUCCUCCACAGCCUGUGUGGCCCUCUUUGACAGCAUUCGCCAUCAGUUGCACUUCAGCAACUUGGGCGACUCGGGGAUCAUCAUUCUGCGGCAUAUUGAUUCCGAUGUGGCGGGAGCACUGAAACGAAACCGCAAAACACCAAGAGCAGAGCGAAAGUCGGAUCUACAGGCUGUCUUUGUCUCGCAACAACAAUUGCAUUCGUUCAAUCAUCCAUUCCAACUGGGAUGGACUGGAGAGGAACUGGAGAAAGAAGAAAAAACAUCCUUCUCGUCCGCCAAAUCUGCCUGCACGACAAGUGUACAUCUGCGACGCGGAGACGUCAUCAUCAUGGCCACAGACGGGCUAUUCGACAAUGUUGAUAUUGAUGAAAUUGCUGCCGUUACAUUGGAGUGGGAGCGACAAAAUGGCUUUUUGCGAGGGGGUGAUAUUGAUGGACGAGAGAACCGAUGGACGCUGGGGAAUUCGCUCACUGAUUGUUCGUAUGAACGGGUCCCGAAUCUUGCCGAGAUGCUGGUGAAAAAGGCUCGCAAUAACAGUCUGGAUCCUACCACCGAUUCGCCGUUUGCAUUGCUUGCAAAGGAUAAUGAUAUCAUGUGGAGUGGAGGAAUGCCUGAUGAUUGCACAGUGAUUGCCAUGCAUGUAGUUGGCCGUUCACCGCUUGCUCGUGCAGGAAAGCUUAGUGGUCUCUGAUGAGGCUGCUCAUGUCACUGUUUCUGAUCACCACCACAUAGUUCACUAUUCCACACUGGCUAGCUUCCACUCAAGUGUAGCACGAAAGCAACAUCGCAAAGUGAUGCGCGCAAAAAAGGAUGGCAGCAGGCUACGGGAAGGACUCUUGCCACGGCAACCCAGAAGCUUUGUGCUUGGGACACCGGUAGUGAUCUGCCUUGGGCAACGUGAGAUACGGGCCAGUUGGCGACACACAUAUUCCAUUGCCACCCAGCUGACAGAACUAGCUGGAGUAGCGUGUUCCAUAGCGCAUAGACUUAAAACAGAACAUAGAUGAAGCUGCUUCAAGCUACCAGCGCUAGUUGUUUGGCCUACUGCUC